AUGCCCAAGAACAAGGGAAAGGGAGGUAAAAAUCGUCGUAGAGGGAAGAAUGAAAACGACAAUGAGAAAAGAGAGCUUACUUUCAAAGAGGACGGCCAAGAGUAUGCCCAAGUCACAAAAAUGCUCGGCAAUGGUAGACUUGAAGCAAUGUGCUUCGACGGUGAGAAGCGGCUAGCUCAUAUUCGAGGGAAGCUUCGCAAAAAGGUUUGGAUAAACCAAGGCGAUAUUAUUCUACUCUCUCUUCGGGAUUACCAAGACGAAAAGGGUGAUGUAAUUCUCAAAUACACCGCCGAUGAAGCCAGAAACCUGAAGGCAUACGGAGAGUUACCAGAAUCCGCGAAAAUCAACGAAGGCACAUUCGAUAUCGAGGGCAUGGAUGAUGGGGGUGUGGACUUUGGAAUCGAAGGAGAAGAUGACGACACAUCUGAUGUCGACAUUGAUAGGAUAUGA